GGAAUCGAACGAACCUCAAUUGGAAUCUCCCCAUCUCCCUCCAUUGUCUUCCCUCCACAGCUUUCUACAGAGGAUCGAGAAUCGGAAUGCGGUUCUGAGAAUCGCCCGCGCCGUUGAGUGACGAUGGGUGCACACUGCGUUAACCUGUGUCGCGACACACGGGAUCGCUUCUCCGACCGCUGCUCCAGGUUCGCGCCCUGCUUCUCUGAUCCAGCUCGGAGAUCGACAUUCUGCUUGCGAGUAAUGCUGGUGGUGCUGCACCUGGUAAACGCGGGGUUUGUACUUGUGUUUGAUAGAGGGUUAAUUGAGAAAGCCAGAAAAGAACCUUGGUACAUUGCAUUGUACUUGCUGUUGUUCAUCAGCACUCUGGUUCAAUAUUUCAUCACUUCUUACUCAUCUCCUGGGUAUGUUCUUGACGCAAUGAGGGCUGUUGAUGAGGCAGCUGCUUUGUAUAAUAGUACAUCAGGGGCCUCAAAACAACCUGCUUCAAGCAAAAAUGUCAGUGUAGUAAUUACAAUUGAUAGGAAGCAGUUAGAACAAAGUCUUUUAGACGGUAAUGCAACGCCAUGGACAAAGUUAGUGAUGGAUUUGUAUCCCCCUGGAUCAUCAGUCAGAAACUGGACUUGCUCCUACUGCCACUGCUUGCAGCCUCCUCGAGCUAAGCACUGUCAUGAUUGUGACAAAUGUGUUCUUGAGUACGACCAUCAUUGUGUAUGGCUGGGGACUUGUAUAGGGAAGGGUAACCAUUGCCGUUUUUGGUGGUAUAUAUUCGAGGAAACAUGUUUGUGCAUUUGGACUGGAAUCUUAUACAUUCAGUUCCUUAAAUCUAGUAUAUCAAAGGCAUGGUGGGUGUAUGGACUUGUGAUUCUAUUGCUGGCAUCACUAUCAAUUUUCUUUGUUUUUUUGCUUCUCCUACUACUUUUUCAUAGCUACCUUGUUUUAACAAACCAGAGUACUUAUGAGCUUGUUAGACGUCGAAGGAUACCAUACUUAAGGGGGAUACCUGAAAGAGUGUUUCCAUUUAGUAGAGGGGUUUGCAGAAAUCUGUACAACUUUUGUUGUGACCGAAGCAGCAGCAUGUACAAGAUGCAACCUCUGCCAACGGCAAUGGAAAUAGAAGAGAAGUCAAAGCCUUAUACAUGUGCUGAUGUCAUGUCUUGCCGUUGUUGCUGUUAAUGACUUAGCCCGCCCAUCUCCUGACUUGAGUUAGUAACGGUUUGUGUUGGCCGUUUGUGGUUUUGUUUGUUGGUAAUGACUGUGUUGUAAUGUACACUAGUGUAUCGUUAGCGAUCCUUUAAUUUAAUUAGUGAAAGGUCAUGGGUGAAAAGUGAAAACUGGACAACUUAAUACAUUGAUCUCUUUAAAGGUCAAUAACAUAGUUGGGCAAACAUUGUUUGUUCUUUUCAACUUAUUUUCAAUCCAGUGUUCAACAAUUUUUACAUGGGUAGAUUUCAGUCCAAAAGCAUGGAUCUAUUUUCAGUUAAGUUCACUAAAUCAAGCUUUAUUUCCCUU